AUGAUCAAAUCAGUGAAAAGAUGUCUACGUAAAACACUAGGGAACGCGCGACUUACGUAUGAAGAACUCCUUACGGAACUUGUCGAGAUAGGAGCCAUUCUGAAUUCGAGACCACUAACAUACACAUCAACAGAAGAUUGCGAAGAACCCGUUACACCAUCACAUCUCAUGCAUGGUCGAAGACUUCUUUCCUUGCCAACGCAAGACGAAGUGGAAGACAAAGAUUGGGAACCAACGUCAACGGAUAUUGCAAAACGUGAAAGGCACUUGGCUUCUCUACUAGAUCAUUUCUGGAGAAGAUGGAAAACCGAGUAUUUAUUGGAAUUGAGAGAAGCGCAUAGAGACAGAAAAUCGGUACAAUCGAAUAAAGAAUUGAUGGAGAUAAAUGAUAUCGUAAUCGUGCAUGACGAAAACCGUUCUCGAAAUCUUUGGCGACUUGGCAGAGUGAUGCACUUAGUUCGUGGUAAUGAUGGUAAGGUUCGUGGAGCUAAAGUGAAAGUCGCUGAGAGAGGUAAGAAACCAACAACGCUUCGACGUCCUAUACAAAAGCUGUAUCCAAUUGAAAUCGGUAAUCAGGACAUAACCCAACAGAAAGUAGACAUGGACUCAACGACAAUCCAACCACAGAAAGAAGAGUCUAUAACUCAGAGACCUCGACGCGCAGCAGCAGUCAAGGCCACAGAGAAACGAAGAGAAUUGAUACGAAACGAACAGUUAUAA